AUGACCCCGCCGAUAGGGAGCACCACCAUUGGCCCUGGAAUCCGAGGAAGAGGUGCCCUGGAGCAGGCCCGGGCCUGGUUAGCAGCUCUGCAGGGUGUCUUACCUUGGAAACAGCACAGUUUGGCUUCCAUGUCUUCUCUGAGCUUAGAGAAUCCUCUUUUCACCAUGUCGUCAGUAGGGACAGAAAACCAGGAGGAGCCCUCACAGCUUCCCCAGAUCAGGAGGGAAAAUAUGGAAUGUAUUUUACCGCUGACUGAACACAACCCAAUGAACUGUCCUGACAGUAGUGUGAAAACCAGCAGUUAG